AAAGUUAGAGUGUAGUCCUCACUUCUUCUGGUUUGGCACAUUGGUCCCUGUCAUAUGACUUACAUUUCCUGGUACAGUCGGCGGAGGUGCAGAUACAUCCUAAACACUGCUGAGUGAGCGUCACUGUCGGGUUUUCUUUCGUCCUCUCUCCGGUGGCUGGCACUCCAGACUGUUCAGCGAUCAUGUACCUUUAUCCUGCAUUUGUUCUAUUCCUCACUUUAGGAAUCGCAUUCCAGCAGUCACAUGGCACUGAGGUUAAUAUCAAAGGCCAAGAUGACAAGUUAUGCCUCUAUGCCAAUCUGAUGGUCAACUUCUCUGUGUCAUAUGAAGUAACCGGUGAUAAGAAUACAACAGUUGAAUUUCAGCUGCCCCAUGAUGUCACAACAAGUGGAAGUGAGUGUUUUGCCACAAGCUCAGUAUUGAAGCUUAAUUUUGGAGAAGGACACUCCUGGAGCAUUAACUUCACUGUCAGUGAAAAAACUUACCAGGCGGACACCAUAACCUUUUCCUACAACCUCAGUGACUCAACCCUCUUCCCUGAUUCUGUAUCAAACGACACCGAAACUGUUACCGUAAAGCCACACAUUACCGAUGUAGACAUGGACACCUGCUACUCAUGCAAGAGUAAUGACAUGAUCAAAGCUGAUGUGGUCAAUCAGACACUGUGGAACGUGCUCAUACAGGCUUUUGUCAAUAACGGCAGCAAGAGUGAAAAUAUUACCUCAUGUGCUGCUGAUGUACCAGCAACUACCUCUCCUCCAACCACUCCUUCCACUGCAGCUCCUGUCACAAACACUACUUCCACUGCUCCUCCUCCCACCACCACUCCUGCCCCCACCCUCCCCCCACCCACCACUGGGAAGUACACUCUCAAGCCUGAUGAAAACAGCACUGUCUGUCUGUUAGCCAACUUUGGCUUGCGGAUUGGACUCAGCCAAGCAAACAAAUAUCAGGAGAUGAAUUUUGACCCCAAUGGGACUACAGUUUCUGGAUCAUGUGGUGUCAACAGCAGUGAGCUGGUGUUGGUGUCUAACACAAUGACCAUCAUGUUCACUUUCACCAGUGACACAAAAAAAUUCCGCCUACAUGCUCUGAAUGUCACCGGAAAGACAGGCUCUGGUGUGAUGUUUUCUGAGACAAACGCCAACCUGAGUCUGUGGGAGGCGGCUCUCCACAGCUCCUACAUGUGUAACAAGGAGCAGAACCACACCAUCACCAGCCUGCUCACCCUCUACACCUUCAACCUUCAAGUACAGCCCUUUGAAGUCAAGAAGGGUGAUUUCAGUACAGCCCAUGAAUGUUCAUUGGAUGACAUCAGCAUCUUAAUCCCAGUCAUUGUUGGCGCUGCUCUGGCUGGCUUGAUUGUCAUUGUAGUUAUUGCUUAUGUGAUUGGUCGAAGAAAGACUUAUGUUGGAUAUCAGACCCUUUAAAUCUAGUUUACAAUCGAUCCUGAAAUAGCACAGGGUUCCCAAGCGUGGUCCUUGGGUUUCUUCUUUAAUUGGCAAAUACAUUUAAAAUUCGAGAGUCAAAAUCUAAACUGAUGUCUCAGCUGGGAAAACAUAAGAUGCAGUUUUAUUACACGACUGCUGUGAAAAAAAUAAUUUGCUAUCUGUUGGUAUUUAGGUAAUGAUCAUUCUGAGACAUGAAUCGCACAAAGAGCAUUUUUGAACGAUGCUACAACAAGAAGAGUAAAAUCCUUGAAAAGUUGUUGUGUUUUUCUCAAGGACCAAACUUGUCUACCCCCCCAGUGUUUGUGCUUUUCAUUGUUGUUGUUAUUUGCUGGAUUUUUUUUUUCUUUCCUUCUUUUGUUAAUGAGCAAGUGCAAGAUCCACCCUACCUUUUUUAAUUAGUAAAUGAAAUAAUUGAAGUAAUUAUAAUCACAACAAAAGCCCCUGCACAUUGAUUUGUCACACACAUUAGAACGAGAUGUGUGACGGUUUAAGUUUGUUGUUGAAGGAUCCUCCACUUGCUUUAUAGACGUUCUCUUUUUAUUUUCUUUUGUCAUUGUUUAAUUUUUGUGCACUUCUUAGUUUUUACAUCCUUUAUGGUUUGACUUUGCAUCCCAAUAAUUAUACACAUCGAGACAUAAGAAUGCUAAUGUCCUUCACAAAUCAAAUGAAGAUGGUCAACCAGCUUUCUUUCUCUGAUCCCAGAAAUUCAUUAACAAGGAUGAAGGUCUAUUCCAUUUGAAAAAUGUUAGAAGAAAUGCUUUAGUCCAUGUUUGCCCCUGUAGAGCAGGAGAAACAUUGGAACGUUUGUGCUGAUUAUGUGACUCCGCUCAUAUUAAGAAUGUCACAUCAAAGGCUGCGUUCACACUGCAGGCAAAAGUGGACCAAAUUGUUGUUUGUUUGUUUGUUUUGGUUGGUUUUUCAUGAUAGUGUGAUCAGCACAAAUCACAUGGAAUCACAUCUUUGCUAUUCUGGUUAGGGCUAAUUUCAUAUGCAGUCCUGAAUCAGAUAUAUAUCUGAUUCCUGUGUGAAUGGUCAGAUCAAAAUUCACUUCUCCCUCCCACUGAGCAUGCUCACAUCACUGUUCAUCUUUAGUCAUCAACCGUCCACUAUGGGGGACAAAGACAAAUAUGGAGUACUACUGGGAGAAAGGAGAUUGCAGAGUUAAUAGAUAUGUGGCAAGAUGCUUCAAUCAAAGCCGUCUUUGCUUGAAAAGCUGACAGAUUGUCAACACAGCCGGUUCGAGAAAUUAAUGCCUGCACCACUACUUUAUUAAUGACGGAUUACGGUGCCAGUGACAUGUUCUGCUGUUCAGCAGCAUGCCUGUUGUAAAUGUGAGGUCAUGGUACAGAUCUGUUUACAUACAAAGAUGAUGGUGAACAGUCAAGUCAGAAAGAUCAGAUUUGAGAAAUAUCAGAAUUGGGUCACUUUGAACUGCAAUGUGAACAUGGUCACAGCACUUAUUGGUUAAACAUUAAUUGACCUUUUUCAUGGAAGACAUUUCGACAUAAGUCAAGUUGUAAAAGUUCCAGGAGGAAGUAAUGAUACUAAUGAUGACACUUCAGUGUAAAGGCCCUGGAGCCGCCAGCUACAUUGGAUGGAGCCAACAUUAGUGUUAUUAAUUUCACCUGUGCUUUUCCUGCUGCACCAUGUCAAAUGUCUUUUAUAUUUGCACAUGCUCCAGUCAGAAAUCAAAUCUGAAAGAAGAGUCAACUGUUUUUUCCCCAUGUAGUACAUUAUGGCAUUAGAUUUAGAAAAGGGAGAAAUUUGUUGUGUAGAUAUUCGCAUUUAGCACAAACAGUUUUUAAACUAGUAUAUGUACAUAUAAAUGCACUAAGGCACUCUUUACAUGUUUGCAUUAUGUUGAGACUGUCGUCACACGAUCUCUCCUGUGUAUCAGCCUGGGCUUGGCCUCAGUUCUGAGAGCUGCAGCUGCAUCAGGGGACAUUAAAGCUCCCAGAAACUCUUUCAUAUUCUCCAUAAUAUUGAAUAUUCACGACUGACCAAGCAACAAUCAAAGAUAAGGUUUGUGAAAAAUGUACCAGGGUAUUAUUCAUUAAGACUUUAAGACAUUUAGUGAAAUAGGCUUAUUCACUUUCCUGCUGAGAGUUAAAUAAGAAGAUUGACACUCUCUUAUCUGUCUGUUAAAUAUAAGGCAGCAAAGAAACUGUUAAAACGAAGAGUGAAAAUGGGGAAGAGCUAUCCUGAUUGUCCAAAGCAAACAAGUCUGCUUAGUUGUUUUGCCAAGAUUUCAGACUUUAUGAGAAACUUGAGUUAACGUCUCCUGGCUGCUGCCUUCAUCUUCACCACGCAGUGAUUACCAUCUUCUCAUCUAACUCUCGGCAUGAAAGCAGCGCGUUUCCCAAUAGGUCAAACUAUAUUUUUAAAAGUUCAAAGAGUUUAUCACAAACAAGUCAUUGGACCUUUUGGGUGCGGUUCCUCUCAUUUUCAUUCAAAAACUGCUAAAACCACCAAAGUACGGGAUAUAAUCUCAUGCAAUGACAAAAUUUGCAGGAAAAGUGUUUUCAUAGAGGACCCCGUUGCUCAUAGUAAGAAGUUGAAAGUAAAUUUUCACAAGCUUGUAAGUCAGGGAAUUAGCGCAGGUUGCAGGGAUGGAGGCAAGGCCCAGAAUAUGUAUUUCUAUGAUAGAAAGCCAAUGUGACACAUGGUAGUAGCUGUGUAUUGUUAGCUUUACUCCAGCUCUUCAGGAAUGGAGCGAUGUAGGCAGUAAAUUACAUUGAAUAUGAGAAUGAGUAGAAAUAUUUACAUUUUCAGUUGUUAACAGUUGUUUGUCACACUUGCUUUCCCAGGAUGUUGUACAUGUGUAUGAAUAGUAACUAGAAAUCAAGUAUUGGCUUUGAUUUUGGUUGUGAUUUUUGCAUGUCAUGUGUAACUCAGCUUUGUACCAACUCAGUUGCCUUAAUUAUAAAGAUGGUUUUGCAGCACUUGUAUAAAUGUUUAUGUUUUCCCAAGAUCCAUCAUGAUGACCAUUGUGCCUUGCUAAAUUUUAACUGGUUUUGUUUGUUUGUUUGUUUGUUAUUUGCUUUCAGUAACUCACUAAUACUUGUUAAGAUACCUUAUUUGGGUAACUUGGGAAGAGGCGCCUCAUUAUGUAAUUUCCCCUCACUAGUUGAGAACAUGGCACACACAGUUUCAAAGGUUUGCAAAGGGAAUUAGUGCUGCAAGACCAUCUUGUUUAAGAUCAGUUCAUGUGUUUUAUGUGGAUAUAAAUGACUUCUGAUCUCCAUUCUCUCAUGCUCUUAGCUGUGAUAAACUGGAUUGUCAAACUGAAGUGGAGCUUUUUAGUAUUUUAGGAUUUAUGGAAAUAAAAAUGUGUUGCUGGCCUGGA